UUAGAUUCCCUGAAAGGAGCAUUAAAUUCAUUUUAAUCUGGCCUCUCUCUGGUGCCGCAUGUGCUUUGUUUACACCUACAGUCACACAGUUACGUCAUUGCCGCAUUUACUAAUCAAAGAUCCACUACGAAGCAGAUGAUAUCUCGGCAACAUUUUUACAGGCGCUGUUGGUACUAAGAAAUUCAACCAGAGUGAGACAUCUUUACUUGGGCAAGAGUGAGGAAAAGCCAAGAUGUCUCCGUGGUCAAAGUCGUUGAGUUUGUCAGGCAGGAGGAUAUUAGCUGCCUGUGUACGACAACAUUAUUCUCUCACAACUGAACUGAUUCAAAACAUGGAUAAGAAAGCAACCUGGGAUCGCUUCUACACUGAGAACAGCAGCCGGACACCCACGUUCAAAAACUUUGAGUGGUUCUUUGGUUUCAGUUCUGUCCAAGACAUGAUUAUGCCUCUAAUCCAGACUCUGUCCCGUCCAGAUGCUUUGCUCCGAGUGUUGGAUAUGGGCUGUGGCACAUCUGCACUAGGGCCCUCUAUUUACAGACACUCUCCUCUCCCUGUCUGCGUCACUUGUGCCGACAUUUCCCCUGUAGCUGUGCGACUCAUGCAGGAGCACAUUCGAGCUAAAGCCAUUCAGCCUCACAAUCCUUCUUCUCAGCUUGAGUUUUUAGAGCUGGACUGUAUGCAUCUGGACAAGCACUUUGGUUUGAGCAGUGUGGACAUUAUCGUUGAUAAGGGCACCACAGACGCCUUGUUGAGGUCCAGGGAAGGGAAGGGGAAAGCUGGCCUGGUGCUGAAGCAGUGUUUGAAGGUGUUGCGGGACUCAGGAUCCUUACUGCAGUUUUCUGAUGAGGAUCCUGAUGCUAGACUUCUGUGGCUGGAAACUGAAGCUCAGGAUCCAGGGGUGAUGAGGGCAGAUGUUGGGGUGCAGGAGGUCGGGGAGCUAAGGGGAGUGUGUUACUACUGCUACCAAGUCACUCCACAACCUGUUGUAUCAAAGUGACUUUCUAUGUCUGAGCUGUAACAAAAUGGAAGAAGUAAAUUAUUGAACAUUAUUGCAAUCGUUAUCAUCAUUUCUGUCUAUUCUUUACUGUUCUUUAUAGCUUCUAGCAGGGGUGUCAAAUGAGCCAAAACUGGCCCAGCAGAGUGUCCAGUCUGGCCAGCAGGAUACCUUCACAAAGUGUAAAAAUUACAGAGAAGGCAGUAACUACAAAUUGGAAAUUUGUAAAACUGUUAAUUUUAAACAAUUUCAAAUUGUUUUGACCAUAAAAUAUAAAUACUAUAUUGUUCGGUUUCGGAUACCUGUGACUAAAUGUUUUGUACCUUUGUAGAUACACUGUGAUCUGUCAAGUGGAAAUGAUAAACGGAGGCAUAAUAUUGUUGAAAUUUAACUUAUUUCAACAAUAUUAUAGUAUUUUUUUUGCAGCAGAAUAAUGCUGCUACAUGUUUAAUUUUAUAUUUUUUAUAGAUAACCCUAAAAUAUAAUGUCUGCCAGAUAAUAUAUGUUUAUAAUAACAUAACAAAAUGUAUUAGAAAUAGAGAACAAAGAUUGUUGAUGUUGAAAAUUCUGGGAAAAAAUUAAUAAUUUCUCUUUAUAUGGAAAAAAAGAACCCAUGAAAGAUACAGUGUAUGUUUGGUUUUCAAAAAUACACAAUAAAUUAGAAAUUUGACUGUUUGAAUUGUAAGAAAUGUGAAUUUAUAUUAUUUUAUUUAUAUUCAGGACAGUUUAUUAGGCAUUUUGGACAGAAAAUUUCAGGAUGUUCAUAAUGUUUUGUAAAAGGACAGUUCAUUAAAUGUGAAGUUUUCCAGAA